AUAAAGGGCAAUUCUUUUUGGAAGUUUAGGGCUUAUUUGCUGGCAAUCAAUUUUAAAUCAUUAGGAAAAGAAGAGGGCUUUUAGCUAACCUUCUGUGCAUCGUGAAGAAUAUAGAAACUUAAAUUCUUGAUUUCUAGAAUUUAAUUUUUCCAUUUCAUCACAAUCGGCGGUUGAAGAAGUUAUUUGCCGCCAUGACGGAGUUCUGGGUUAGUCAGGGUAACAAGUGGUGUGAUUUUUGCAAAAUUUAUAUAUCCAACAACCCAGCCAGCAUUAGAAACCAUGAGCUCGGAACACGUCACAAGGAUAAUGUUGCCAAGAAGCUCAAUACCAUGCGACAAGACAAAGUUGCAAAAGAGAAAGAACAAAAGGAAGCAGCUCGUGUCCUGGAACAAAUUGAAGCUAAAGCUAAGCGCAGUUAUCAGAAGGACCUGGAAGUUUUCCGGGAAUCAAGAGAUUCUAAUACACAGGCAUUGGUUUCUGAAGACAGUGGUGAGGUUAUUGCUGAAGGAUUCACAUUUUCUGGAGCUGAAACAACUUUUGUUAUGACAGAGUGGGAACAUGACAGUUCAUCAGGCUAUUACUACAGUCAAAAGACUAAUUGUUACUACGAUCCAAACUCUGGCUUCUACUAUACAGAUGCUCUAGGCAAGUGGGUGACACAAGAAGAGGCGCUUGCUGCUUCUCAAGUUUCUUUAGAGUCCAUCCAAAGGAAACCUAGUUUAGGAAAGCCACCAUCAACAAAAAGUGCUGGGACCUCUCUAAGUGGACCUCCACCUGGGCGUGUUGUGUCGGCACCACUCAAUCCUAUGAGGUCCAUUAAAGGCGCUCGUUCUCAACUUACUGUCAAUAAGAGGAAAAGAUCAGAAGAAAAGCCAAAAGCUAUGUCUGAAGCGGAAGCUGCUGCCCUUAAGGCGAGGGAAACUGCAAGAAAGAGAGUUGAAGAAAGAGAGAAGCCAUUACUUGGUCUUUAUAAGCGUUGACACACGUUGGCUUCAGGAAACGUUUUUCAAUAUAUGAAGCGAGUUUUAGCAUGUUCAUUACUAAUUUACCCCCCAUGGAUCCGAAUUGAUGCUGGCUAGGUAAAAUGCUUUUCCUGUCAGUUAGCUUCCAUGUCUGAUCCUCAUCACUUCCUAAUCAUUUGUGCUGUUAUACCCAGCGGUAUGUAAUGGGAAAUGGUUCAUUACUGCUGAUCUCUUGUAAUAGGGCACUGUCUGGCUUCAUCCAUAUGAUACUUUUUUAGUACACGAUCUUUUUAAUGUUGUGAUGAAUUAUUUGAAUAAGGUGAAAGGUGUCACAUGAAUA